GCCGCCGCGCAGGUCACAUGAUUAAAGGGCGGAAGCUGACUCAUAGGCCACGCUGAAUCUCCCGCGUACGCAGCGGCCAUUUACUCUCUCCUCUCGUCGCAGCAACACCGACAAGUCUUUACCAUGACUGCCCACUCCAUGUCUGCCCCAGUGGCCACUUUCAAGCUUGUUCUGGUAGGAGAUGGAGGCACCGGAAAGACGACUUUUGUCAAAAGGCAUCUGACAGGAGAGUUCGAAAAGAAAUAUGUUGCUACACUCGGAGUGGAGGUGCACCCCCUGGUCUUCCACACCAGCAGAGGACCACUGCGGUUCAACGUGUGGGACACAGCAGGCCAGGAGAAGUUUGGAGGCCUGAGAGAUGGUUACUACAUUCAAGCUCAGUGUGCCAUCAUCAUGUUUGACGUCACCUCCCGCGUCACCUACAAGAACGUACCCAACUGGCAUCGCGAUCUGGUGCGCGUGUGCGAAAACAUUCCCAUCGUGUUGUGCGGCAACAAGGUGGACAUCAAAGACAGGAAAGUCAAAGCCAAAAGCAUCGUCUUUCAUCGCAAGAAGAACCUGCAGUACUACGAUAUUUCUGCCAAGAGUAACUACAACUUUGAGAAGCCUUUCCUGUGGCUAGCAAAGAAACUAGCCGGCGAUCCCAACAUGGAGUUUGUGGAAAUGCCAGCCCUCGCUCCCCCGGAAGUUGCAAUGGACCCCAGCAUGGCAGCCAAGUAUGAGGAGGAGCUUCAAGUCGCAUCACAAACUGCACUCCCAGAUGACGAGGAUGACCUCUAACCUGUUCCCCAACUCUCUCUCUCUCUCUCUCUCUCUCUCCCCCCCCCCCCCCCCCCCCUGUGGAAGUUAACUUGUUGGAAUUUUGCCCCCAUAGCUGUAAACCCCUUAAGAUUUUUUUAUUUUUGAAAUCUUUUUUUUUUUGUUUUAGAGCUCAGUUAAAAGGAAAAAAGCAGCAAAACUUGGUUAAAAAGUUUCAGGUGCAUUUCACUGUAUAGACACAUCCACCCAGGUGUUAUCGCCAUGGCAACAUGCUUCUCUUGGUCAUCACCAUCCAGCUCACAAUGCUGUAGUACCAUGUGUUGGAAGGGAGGCAAGUUUGAAUAAAGACAUUCUCAACACA